GUUGCAAUGUCUGCUCUGUGCCUGUGGGGGGUGCUGUGCCUCUGUGCCAGUGUGAAGGCCAUGGGGACUUUUGAGCUGAUGCGAGAUGCAGCAGUGGUCUGGACUGGUGCCCUGCCCUGUGGGACGUGGGACUGUGAGUGUGCUUUCAACAGCCAGCGGGGCUGCUGCUGUGUGGCCAAUGAGAUGAGUAUGCUGGAGGACAACACCUUCAUGCGCAUGGUGAACAUGUGGGAGCAGCUCACCCGAUUGGACAACGACAUCAAGGAAGUCACAGGCAACAAUAAGAUUGCGUUCACCGCGGCGAUGAGAUCUAGAAGCGACUGCUUCGGGCCCUUCACUAGCAACGUGCCAAUCCGCUACUACGCCAUCUCUCUCAACCAGGGCAAUGGAUACAAUGACGCUCUGGGUACCUUCACCUCCCCCCGCGCUGGCCUCUACUCCUUCUCCUUCACGGCCUACUCCAACGUGGGCGUGGACGGCGAGCGUCUUUACCACAAGGUGCAGCUAAUAAAGAACAACGAGGUGGUGGCCUCUGUGUGGGAGGACAACCGGGAGGACACGGAGGACAGCGCCACCCAUUCGGUGCUGGUGUCUCUGCGCCAGGGCGACCAGGUGUACGUGGAGCUGCUCUCCGGCAGGAGUCUGUGUGGCAACACCAAGGAGUACAACAGGUUCAGCGGAUACCUGGUCUACCCCUUCACACAGGAGUAGAGGACAGAGUUACACACACAUGCCAAAACAAACAUGAAAACACACAUACAUGCAUGAAUGCACACAAAUAUAUACUGAUAUGGCACUCACACACACAUAAUGUUCCAGGUGUGUGUAUUGUGUGUGUGUGUGUGUGUCUGUGCACCAUUGUAACCAAUGAUAUUCCAUGUGCAGUUAAAUUCAGACAGUCUGCCUGUGAAAUAGUAUUGCUUUGAACAAAAUAAAAGCUAAUUUGUUACAUGAA